AGUCUAAAGUCAAGAAUGCUGGGGUUGCUGAAAGAUUAUUCUCUUUAUGUUGUGAGGAAGUCUCACAAGUUUCAAUUAAAGAGGGUAAGACACCAGAUGAUGCUUGUUACUUGCAGUUGAAGCUACCAUCUAUGUCCAGACUGCGAGAAAGUUUCUGGAAUUUUUUGGAGAAAUAUGGGUUUUCGCUACGGUUAUGGCUAUACUCGAACUUUGCUUCCUUGUGAGGUGAUGAAAAUGAUCAGAAGUAUUCCAGAAGAUACGAGAAGAAAGCUUGCAGGAAAAGGGUAUUUCCCUCAAGACGGAUAUAUCUUGCAGGUUUUACCUGUUCCUCCGAACUGUUUAUCUGUGCCCGACAUCUCUGAUGGUGUUAGCACUAUGUCUUCGGACCCUUCAACACCAUUGCUAAAGAAAGUUCUUGAAAAAGUAGAAAACAUAAAAAGUUCUAGAUGCGGGGAACCUAAUUUUGAAUCUCAUUCAGUGGAAGCAAACGAGUUGCAGUCAGCAGUUAAUAAAUAUCUUCAGGCUAGGGGGACUGCUAAAGCAUCUCGAGAAGACACAAGAUAUGGGGUCAGCAAAAAUUCUAACGAUUGUUCAACAAAAGCAUGGCUUGAGAAAAUGAGAACAUUGUUUAUUAGAAAGGGUUCAGGAUUCUCUUCCCGAAGUGUGAUUACUGGGGAUCCUUAUAAGAAGGUUAAUGAAAUUGGUAUCCCGUUUGAAAUUGCUCAGCGGAUCACAUUUGAAGAGAGGGUUAACUUGCAUAACAUGAAAUAUCUACAAGAGCUUGUGGAUAAAAAGCUCUGCUUAACCUAUAGAGAUGGUGGUUCCACAUAUUCACUAAGGGAGGGUUCCAAGGGACAUACUUUUCUAAGACCUGGCCAAGUGGUACAUCGGCGAAUCAUGGACGGUGACACCGUUUUCAUCAACAGACCACCAACCACACACAAGCAUUCAUUACAAGCUCUUUCUGUGUACAUUCAUGAUGACCACACAGUGAAGAUAAACCCACUAAUUUGUGGGCCAUUAAGUGCUGACUUUGAUGGUGAUUGUGUUCAUCUGUUCUAUCCCCAGUCUCCUGCAGCAAGAGCUGAAGUUUUAGAGCUUUUCUCUGUGGAGAAACAAUUGCUUAGCUCUCACAGUGGCAACCUAAAUUUGCAGCUAGCUGCUGAUUCAUUGUUGUCUCUUAAAGUGAUGUUUGAGAAGUUCUUUCUGGGGAAAACAGCUGCUCAGCAGUUAGCCAUGUUUGGUUCUCUUUCUUUGUUGUGGCCUGCAUUAUUCAAGUCUCACUCUUCAGGCUCCUUUUGGACUGCCUCGCAGAUAAUACAGACAGCUUUGCCUGCUUGUUUUGACUGUAAUGAGGACAGGUACUUAAUCAGGAAAAGUGAAAUAUUGAAUAUUGAUUUUAAUAAGGAUAGUGUCCAGUCAGUAGUUGGUGAAGUAGUGAACUCUAUUUUCUAUGAGAAGGGUCCCAAGGAAGUUCUUGAAUUCUUUGCUUCCCUGCAGCCUUUGCUGAUGGAAAAUCUAUUUGUUGAAGGCUUUAGUGUUGGACUAAAAGAUUUCUCCAUGCCCAAGUCAGACAUGCAAGCUAUUCAAAAGUUAAUUCACGAUACUUCUCUUUUUCUUUCUUGCUUAGGAUCAACUUACAAUGAGGAGUUGCAGUUGGAAAAUCGCAUACGAUGUUUGAAAGAAACUGCUGAAAACUUUAUAAUAAAGUCAUCAUUGCGUAAUUUAAUUGACUUCAGGAGUGAUUCAGCUGUGAAUAAGGUUGUCCAACAAAUUGGGUUCUUAGGCCUGCAACUUUCAGAUAAAGGAAAAUUCUACUCCAAGAAUCUGGUGGAGGAUGUGGCCUUUCUCUUUCGGAGCAAACAUCCUGGAGCAGGUCAUUACCCUUCUGCAAAUUUUGGACUAAUCAAGAGCUGUUUCAUACAUGGUUUAGACCCUUAUGAAGAGAUGGCUCAUUCAAUCUCCACUCGAGAGGUUAUAGUUCGUUCAUCGAGAGGAUUGACUGAACCUGGGACCUUAUUCAAGAAUAUGAUGGCAGUUCUCCGGGAUAUUAUUGUUUGUUAUGAUGGAACCGUGAGAAACAUAUGUAGCAAUUCAGUCAUCCAAUUUAAAUACGGCUUGAAGGCUGACAAUGAGCCACUGAGAUUAUUCCCUGCGGGUGAACCUGUUGGUGUAUUAGCAGCAACUGCCAUGUCAAAUCCGGCAUAUAAGGCAGUUCUUGAUUCUACCCCGAGCAGCAACUCUUCCUGGGAAUUGAUGAAGGAAAUACUACUGUCCAAAAUCAGUUUCAAGAAUGAUCUCAAUGAUCGACGUGUAAUUUUGUAUUUAAAUGACUGUAAUUGCGCAAGGAGGCAUUGCCAAGAAAAAGCUGCAUGCUUAGUCAGGAAUCAACUGAAUAAAGUCACUCUUAAAGAUGCUGCAGUGCAGUUCUUGGUUGAGUAUAAAAAUCAUCGAACUGUAUCAGAAGGUCUUGAAAUUGAUGCAGGCCUUGCUGGUCACGUGCAUCUUAACAAGACUUUAUUGCAGGUCUUGAAUAUUGACAUGCAAGAGAUUCUCCAGCAAUGUCGAGAGAGAAUUAGUUUAUUUCGAAAGAAGAAAAAAGUGGGGCAUUGUUUUAAGAAAAUAAUACUGUCAGUCAGUAAAUGUUGCAGUUUCCAGCAGUCAUGUGAAGAAAAUAGCUCUGAUCUGCCGUGCCUUAUAUUCUGUUGGCAUGAUACAAGUGACAUUCACUUGGAAAGGACUUCUUAUGUCCUUGCCAACAUGAUUUACCCUGUUUUGUUGGAAACAGUCAUCAAAGGUGAUCCUCGGAUUUGCUCGGCAAACAUAAUUUGGGCUAGUCCUGAUACGAUGACAUGGAUAAGGAAACCCAGCAGAACCCGCAAAGGGGAAUGGGUGUUGGAUGUUGUUGUCGAGAAAUCAAUGGUAAAGCGAAGUGGAGAUGCAUGGAGGAUCGUGAUGGAUUCCUGUCUUCCAGUAUUCCACUUAAUUGAUUCUAGGCGCUCAAUACCGUACUCAACCAAGCAGGUUCAGGAACUCCUUGGAAUUUCAUGCGCAUUUGAUCAGGCAGUCCAGCGCCUGUCAACAUCGGUGGCGAUGGUAGCUAAAGGUGUUUUGAGGGAGCAUCUCAUUCUAUUAGCAAACAGUAUGACAUGUGCUGGAAAUUUGGUUGGAUUCAAUCCCGGUGGUUAUAAAGCAAUAUCUCGUUCAUUGAAUAUCCAAGCACCAUUCAUGGAAGCAACUUUAUUUACACCAAGGAAAUGUUUCGAGAGAGCUGCUGAGAAGUGUCAUACUGAUUCUUUGUCAAGCGUAGUUGGAUCCUGUUCCUGGGGAAAGAAUGUGGCAGUUGGUACAGGUUCUAGAUUUGAUGUUCUCUGGGACACAAAAGAGGCGAGAUUCAAUGAAGGGGGUAAACUUGAUGUUUAUACAUUUCUUCAUAUGGUGAGAAGUAGUUCCCAUGGAGAGGAUUUGAGUACAGCCUGUCUAGGUGAAGAAAUUGAUGAUCUUGUGCCAGAUGAAGAAACUUUUGACUGGAGUCCAUCUCCAGAGCAUUAUUCAACUAGUGGUAAGCCUGUCUUUGAGGAUGGUGAAGAUAUUUUAGAAAACUUAGAGACUCAGCCUACCAAACCAAGUUGGGAACAUCUUAACAAUGGUAGGGCUGACCUUCAGAAACAGAGCUCCUGGUCUAGUUGGAGCACUGAUAGAGCUCAUAGCCAAGAUGUCUGCUCCACUAAAACCCUGGAGGAAUGCUUAAACUCUGCUGGGGGGACUGGUGUAAUUGGCAGCGAUAAGACCAACCUAGAUAGUCAGAAUACCUGGGCUAAUUGGAACACCAAAGGCAGCUAUCCCACAAAAGCCAGUGAGGACUCUCCCAAAUCUUGUGGUUGGGUUGCUGAUAAAUGUGGCAGUGGCGAGACUAAUGCUAAGGGAGAACACAAUUGGUCAAAUUGGACAGCAGUAAAAGGUGGUAGCCAAGAUUUCACUGCAACAAAAACGUGGGAGGAAUCUUCAAAAGCAGGUGGUUGGGGUAGUAAAAAAUCUGGUAAUGGUGAGAGCAAUGUUGGUGAAGGAAGUCCUUGGUCCAAUUGGAAGACUAAUAAAGGUAAUAGCCAAGGUACUCAUCCCCAGAAGGCACAAGAGGAAUCUUCUGAUUUUGGGGGUUGGGGAAGUAAUAAAUUUAGCAGAUGUGAGACUAAUCUCAAGGAGCAAAGUACUUGGUCUAAAUGGAACAGCAAUAAGGGUGAUAACCAAGAUGCGUAUGCUACAAUGUUGGAAAAUAAUGAUAACGAUACAGGAAAAGAAAAAGGGUGGUCUAGCUGGGCAAGAGAUGAUUCUAUCAAUGGAAGCGUCCUGCCGGAAGGGGAUUCAUCAAAGUCUAAUGGAUUGGAUGCUGGGACUGUUGGAGAUGGUUCCUGGGAACAAACACCAACAGGAACUUCCGAUGGUUGGGGUGUGCUGUCGGAGUCCACUGAGCCUGCUGGUUGUCAUGGUUGGGGUUUACCAAACAAUGAAGAUAUUACUCAAAAUGAGAGUCAGGGAAGACGUACCUGGGAGUUCUCCAAGAAAAAAAGAAAUGAAGGUUCACGGGGUUGGUCUUCAAAUUCUGGAGAUUGGAAAGGCAAGAAAAACCUGCCUGGUAAGUUAGCUGGAAAUGUGAAAGAUGAUUUUGGUGCAGGCAGGCUGUAUACUCAUACGAGGCAACGGUUAGAUAUGUUCACUUCUGAGGAGCAGGAUGUUCUGUCAGAUGUUGAGCCACUUAUGCAGUCAAUCAGACGAAUAAUGCAUCAGUCUGGGUACAAUGAUGGGGAUCCACUAUCCGUUGAUGACCAGUCAUUUGUAAUAGACAAAGUCUUCAUGUAUCAUCCUGAUAGAGCAGUAAAAAUGGGCGCUGGCAUUGAUUUUGUAACUGUAAGUCGGCACAGCAAUUUUCAGGAUAGCAGGUGCUUCUACAUUGUUUCUACAGAUGGUCGGAAGCAAGAUUUUUCGUACCGCAAAUGUCUGGAUAACUUCAUCAAGGGAAAGUAUCCGGACAUCGCGGAACAAUUCAUCGGAAAGUACUUUAGGAAACCUCGCUCAAGUGGAAACCAGCAGAAACCUGUUUUAGAGGAAACAGAGAACAUGGUAAGCUAGGAGUAAGAAUUUGAAUAGGAAAUACAAAGCUGCUACUUUUAGGUGUUAUAUACAAAAACCAAAUGCCUCCUGUAUGAACUUGCUCCUUUUUUGCAAUUAUGAGCCAGUUCAUAUUUCUCUUGUUUAUCACUGUGAAUAGCAGAAAUAUAUUAAUAAUUUUCUCUUA